CCGGCCGCUCGCACACGGAGCGCACACGCCAUGGGAGGGACGGCGGGGCGCAGCCCGGAGCGCUGCCGCUUUUUGGACGCAGAAGCGGCCAAGGCGCGGGAGAAGGGCUGCCCCAGGUACCAGCUCUGCGGACUGCUCUUCAGCCUGCUGCUCCUCUCCCUCAUCCUGAUAUUUUUUGGUGUCAGGUACCUCUGGAACCCAGCGCCCAGAAAAGUCUAUGACAUGGAGCACACGUUCUUCAGCAACGGUGAGAAGAAGAAGAUUGUGAUGGAGAUCGACCCCCUGGCCAGGACAGAGACCUUCAGCAGCGGGAAUGGCAGCGAGGAGAUCCUGGAGAUCCAUGACUUCAAAAACGGAAUUACCGGCAUCUUCUUUGUGGGACUUCAGAAAUGUUUCAUCAAAACUCAGCCUAAAGUCCUGCCUGAGACAACAGAGGCCAAGAUCCCUGAGCUUGAGGGACAGGAAAUCACCACCACCUACUUUGAGCAGUCUGUGGUCUGGGUGCCUGGGGAAAAGCCCAUUCAGAACAAGGAGUUCCUGAGGAGCUCCAAAAUCUUUGACAUCUGCAAAAACGUGACCAUCUUCUGGAUCCACCCCGCGCCAAUAGCAGCUCCUGAGCUGGCCAACCUUGAAGGGGCAGAAGAAGAAGAGCCUGAGCUGCAGAUGGACAGCCAGAGCUGGCUGGACGAGGGGAAUGAACACAAGGAGCUGGAGGAGAGCACACGGGCAGGGCCCAAGCGUCGGGCACGGCAGCUCACCGAGGAGGAUCUGCCCGUCAAUGACUAC